GCCUCUGCGCGAAUCUUGCACAUUGAACUUUUUGCCGCUUUCAAUGAGUCGUGAUUCUGCAACCAUGGAUAUUUUCUGGCAUUCAACUGCUCACGUGUUAGGAUUAGCUCUUGAAAAAAAAUACGGUGAUGAUAUUCUUUUAUGUGACGGACCAGCUUUAAAACAAGGGGGCUUCUUUUAUGAGUUUCUUUUGGCAGAAAGUGACCAGUUGAUAACUGAAUACAAUAAAAAGAAGUUAUAUAAUAGUUCAAUACAUGAAGUAAUCUCAGGAUUAAUCAGGUCACCAAAAAUUAAAAUGCUCCAGGAGAAUGAUUUAUUGGACGUUCUAAAUAUCAUGAAAGAAUGCGUCUCAAAAAAGUAUCCCUUCGAGAGAAUGCUUGUUACAAAAGAAGUUGCGACUGAAUUCUUUUCUACCAAUCCUUUUAAAUUGCAUUAUAUAACACAAGUUCCCGAAAACAAGCUAAUAUCUCUUUACAGAUGCGGUCCGUUCAUUGAUCUUUGCCGUGGCCCACAUAUUCCACAUACUGGGUUCAUUCGUACCAUUGAAUUACUAAAUAGUACGGCCACAUAUUGGACACCUGAUUUAGCAUGUGACAAGGAUUCACCGCAGUCUAUCAAUAGAGUUCAUGGGAUAUCAUUUCCUAGUAACAAAGACCUUGAUGCUUGGAAGAAAAGUCAGGAAGAGGCUCAAAAACGCGAUCAUCGGUUAAUAGCCAAAUCCCAACAACUUUAUCUGACUCAUCAUUGGAGUCCAGGUUCUGUGUUUAUGCUUCCACAUGGAACACGUAUAUUUCAAAAGUUACAAAACUAUAUUCGUCUUAAGUACAAAGAAUUCGGAUUUGAAGAAGUAAUGACGCCAAUGAUCUACAAGAAAGAUUUGUGGGAAAUGUCAGGACAUUGGCAAAAUUACCGAAAUGAAAUGUUUACCGUUCAUCACGGUAUUGUCCGUGAAAGUUUUGUUGGCAAUGUAAGUGCUAAGGAUGAUAUUACAGAAAAUAAAGACGAAGUAUAUGGUUUGAAACCAAUGAAUUGUCCGGGACACUGUUUGAUUUUCAACAGUACACCAAAAUCAUACCGAGAUCUGCCAGUGAGAAUUGCAGAUUUCGGUUCGUUACACAGAAAUGAAAUAUCUGGCGCUUUAACUGGUCUCACCAGAGUUCGUCAAUUCCACCAAGAUGAUGCCCAUAUCUUUUGCAGAAAAUCUCAAAUUUUUGACGAAAUUUUAGCCUCGCUAUCAUUCAUUGACAGUGUUUAUUGUGAUUUUAAAUUUCCGAAUUAUUAUUUACAACUAUCCACUAGACCUGAUAGCCAAUACAUUGGUAAGAUUUCUGAAUGGGAUGCAGCUGAGGAUGCAUUGAAGAAAGCUUUAAAUGCAGUGGGAAAAAGUUGGACAAUGAAUCCAGGAGACGCUGCCUUUUAUGGACCGAAGAUAGAUGUCAUGAUCGAAGACGCUCUUCAUCGAAUGCAUCAAACCGCGACCAUACAAUUGGAUUUUCAACUUCCGCAAAGAUUUAGACUAAAAUAUAUUGAUGAAAAUGGCACAGAACAAACUCCUAUAAUGAUACAUCGUGCCAUUUUGGGAUCUGUCGAGCGAAUGAUGGCAAUCCUUAUUGAGCACACGGGUGGAAGAUGGCCGUUUUGGCUAAACCCUAGGCAGGCCAUC